CGUACAGACAAGGGUCGUAGCUCGGGGUCUACCUGAAUGUAGUUUGUGAGACAAGCUCUCGCCAGCUGGCCAGAUUAUUUGCCUACGCACGAGACGCCUUACGACACAAUCUCUCGACCACUUGAGCAGCACGGGAGACUUGGGCUCAACGGCAGCCCUCCCUUUUUAAUAUUACUUGGGUUUAUUCUUCUCGUUUCUCCUUGCAUUCCCUUCCACAAGAGGCAACCAUGAGGUGGACAACGCUGCCGGCCCUGUGGCUGGCCGCAACCAAUGCCUGGGCUGCCAGCCCCGAUGAGGAGGGAUCCGUUAGGAGCAUUUCGCUGCGAACACACACCCUGGUGCAGCCUUACCUCGACUCGGACAUGCAAAGUCGGUGGUAUGAUUUUGGAGGUGACACCAUUAUCCGAACAGAUUCAUAUAUCCGUUUGUCAUCGGACCGGCCUUCGCAGAGUGGCUGGUUAUUCUCUCGCGUGCCCCUAACUGCCACUAAUUGGGAAAUUGAGGUUGAGUUCAAGAUCCACGGCAAAAAUCAGCUCUACGGCGACGGGUUCGCCAUGUGGCUCACCAAAGAGCGCGGCAAGAUGGGCUCAGUUUUUGGUCACAGUGACAACUUUGAGGGUCUCGGUAUCUUCUUUGAUACUUACAAAAACAACCGCCCAGGUGUGGUCUUCCCCUAUGUCAUGGCCAUGUACGGGGACGGCAAGACGAGCUACAACAAGGACAAUGAUGGCAAGGAUACCGAGUUUGCCGGCUGCUCGGCCCGUGGCAUUCGACACGCCAGCGUGCCUACCAAGUUCAAGUUGACCUAUUUCCAAGAUAAGCAGUUGAAGUUGGAGCUUCAGUUCAAGUCGGAGGGCGAGUGGACCCUCUGCUUCGAGACCAGCGAGCCCCCUCAGAUUCCCUCGGUCACAUACCUUGGUUUCAGCGCCGAAACGGGCGAGCUCAGUGACAACCACGACAUCGUCUCGGUCAAUGCGAGGAACCUAUACACUGGUGGCGGUGGCGGUGGCGGGAACAAAGCUGCCCCUGGCGGCAAGAACAGGAAGAACAAGAACAAGAAGAAUAAGAAGAGCGGAGGCUGGGGUUGGUUCCUCUUCAAGAUUGUCAUGUUUGGACUGGUUGUUGGGGGUGGGUAUGCUGGCUACACGGCUUACAGAACGAACAAGAGGAGAAAUCGAUUUUGAGCUGCAAUUAUUUGAUGUAUUAAGUGCAGGAGUGGGGGAUAGGAGUGGGACAUGCCCGAGACGAGAGGAAUCAUCCGUAUAUGUCAUCUACGUUGAAGGCGUCGGCCUUAUUGUGUGUGUAUUUCGUGAGGUCACAAGGAUGGCAGACACGGAACGGAGUGUAUAAUAUGAACCAAUACACGGAAAUCCACGACCUGAAGAUCUCCCCGAGGGCGGUAUCUUGAAUCCUCAUCUCUGGUUACACACAGCUAGGGAUAUUCAGUGACUGGCUAGCUCUGUUAUCUAGCCCAUAGAAACGGUUUGAUCUGGCAGACUAAUUAUAAAAUCUAAACAACUUAAUAAGCGGAAUCCUGCGACUACGAGGACUACUAUCAAUCAUGGCACUUGCGCCUUUACG